GUUUUGCUUGCCGAGUUUAUCGGCGCUGAGGAAGUCUGCAUUUUCUUCCACGGUCUACUUGACAGUCAUGACGUCUCCGCGACUGUCAUCCAGAACUUUCUAAACGACAAGUGGCUCUAAUGGCAAGCGGACGGAACUUUCCGGAAAGCGUCAUAGACGAAGAUCCCGAGAAGGCUCUUGAGGAUCUGAACAAGGCUUUGGAGGAGACGAGCAGCAACGCGGAAUGGCUCUGCCAGCGGGCCUAUGCCUACAUCUUACUGAAAAACUACAGCGAGGCCGUGGAGGAUGUCAAGAAAGCCCUGGAGCUGAAGCCCGAUUUCCCCCUUGCUUUCAUGAGAAGAGGAAUUGCAGAAUACUAUUUGAAUAACUUCGAAUUGUCACACCAGGCCUUUGUAGCAGGACAACAGUUAGAUGAUUCAGAUAAAUCCUUUGAGAUAUGGAUCAAGCUGUGUGAGGAGAGUAUGACCUUGGGAAGACACAAUGGAACAAACAUGCAGCAAGCAGCAACGGCUAAUGUGAAACAUGACUGGUACCAGACAGAAUCUCAGGUCAUUGUCACAAUCAUGGUGAAAAAUGCCAGAAAGGAGGACGUCAGGGUCAGCUUCUCAGAAAAAGCGCUGAGCGCCGAGGUGAAGCUGCCGUCUGGGGAGGAUUUCAGCCUGAAGUUCAUCCUCCUACAUCACGUGGAUCCCCAGCAGAGCAGCUUCAAAGUCCUCUCCACAAAGGUGGAGAUUAAGAUGAAGAAGGCUGAAGCGAUCAGGUGGGAGAAGCUGGAGGGGGAAGACAGUCUGCCCACCGUGAAACACUUCAUGCCAAACCAGUACCCAUCGUCUUCACACUAUACUCGGAACUGGGACAAGCUGGUGGUGGACAUCAAGGAAGAAGAGAAGAACGAGAAGCUGGAGGGGGACGCUGCCCUUAACAAGCUCUUCCAACAGAUAUACUCUGAUGGCUCUGAUGAAGUAAAACGCGCCAUGAACAAGUCCUUUAUGGAGUCUGGUGGGACUGUCCUCAGCACAAACUGGAUGGACGUGGGAAAGAGGAAAGUAGACGUGAGUCCCCCGGACGACGCAGAGUGGAAGAAAUUCUGAACUGGCAGAUAAGGCAGGAGCUAGGAGGCCUCACCCUGUCUCUUCUGCUUGCGUGUGUCCCUCUUGUUGUUGAGAUCGGUUAGCGUGAUUCUCAGUGCACUGGAGCUCCUUCAGACCCCACUCUAAGUAUCCUGGCGAAUGUCCUAGCAAUAUUGUACAUUUCUCCAUCAUAGUGAAAAUGGAUGAUGAAGGUGGUUUUCGUUCGAGAUGUAUAAUCUUUUAUUAAAGUUUCUCUUUUUGUAUUUCAUCUUUCAUUUACUUUUGUAAAUCCCACAUAAAAAUCAUCCUAAGGAAUAAAUGUAAUAUCAUCUGCCCCCUCCAUCAUGAAGUAUCAAAAUUGUUUAUUUUAAAAGGUUUUAUUCACCUUGAGUUUUCUAUACAAAUGGUCUUUCUCUCUGGAUCCUUAUGACAAGAAUCCAAUUAAAUUUUCUUCAUCUGAA